AUGGCAUCACAUAAUGAGAAAAGCUUGUUGAAGAGUAGAACAACUGCUAAUAAAACAUUGAGUGGAAGAGAAGAGCAGAAGCAUGAGUGCACGUGGACAAGUCUCCCAGAUGAUAUCAUGGAACUGAUUACGAAGCGUUUGUGCCUAAAAGAUUGCCUUGGAUUGCGUGAAAUAUGCACCCCUUGGAGGGAUUUCGUUGCUAAUGCCAUUGCAAACAAGCAUUGCCUCCCAUUGCCUGAACUGCCAUUGCUUGUCCUCAAAUAUAACGAAUCAUCCACAGUUUUCAGCUUGAGGACAGAACGUCUACUUUAUCCCAAAAGACCAUUAAUUGACACAAUGCAGACCAUUCAAGGCUCAGUUGAAGGAUGGAUGAUUGUGAGUGAAUAUUCUAACGUGGGUAGUCCUAGUCCAAGUCUAACCAUUUUCUUCUUCAACCCAACUUUCUGGACUACAAUUGAAGCCGAUAAGGAUACAAGGGUUCAUUUUAAGGAUGUGGAAAUUAUUGACACGAAAUUGUAUGCUAGAACUUCUAAUUCCAUAUUGGUUUGGGAUUUGCAAGAGUCAAGUGACAACCCCCCAAAGCCUAAAGUAUUAGCUAUGCUUCCACCGAGGCCACCACCAGUAUCGAUUGUAACUGGUAACCAACGUUUUUACAGGGGUAAAGUCUUCCCCUGCCUAGUCAAAGAUGAUGCAUUAGGAGAAUUAUUCCUCAUUUACAUGUUCUUUAACUGUGUUUAUGAAACACGACAUGUUGGUUAUUUGAACAUUGUCACUAAAUGUGUUGCCCCGCCUGAGAUGACCAGAGUUGAAGUAUUCAAGUUGAAGACAAGUAAUGAAACUAAUCAGUGGAUCAAGGUUGAUAAUAUGGGGGACCGCGUGUUGUUUGUUGGCGGUAUCAAGUGCAUGACACAAGGGCAGGCAUUCAAUUGGGGAUUAUUUGCUUGA